GUUAUUAAUGCUGCAAGUGGAAGAUGGCGUUGAUGGUAAUGCAAGGUGUUUUGGUGGGAGUGGUGGCGUGAUUAUUUCUUGAAUUAUUUUGAUAAAUGCUAAUAUUUUCAACAUGACAUUCCGUACAUACUUUAUAUGUUGUCUUUCUGAGUAAUACAACAGUCCGUAGCUGCAAUUUUUGUAUGUUAUCUAGUAGAAUCGAGAAGAGUUUGAUGAUAAUGGAUGCUGACGUGAAGUCCCCUGCGCCAGAUAUUCCUGGGUUGAAAGGUGAUCCCAAAAUUUGUGGUGUGUGUGGUGAUCGAGCCCUGGGUUAUAAUUUUAAUGCAGUCACGUGCGAAUCUUGUAAAGCCUUCUUUCGAAGAAAUGCCCUCAAGAACAAAGAAUUUCGAUGUCCAUUCACUGAAAGCUGUGACAUUACCAUUGUGACUCGAAGAUUCUGCCAGCGCUGUAGGUUGCAAAAAUGCCUUGCGAUAGGAAUGCGCAAAGAUUACAUCAUGUCUGAAGAAGAUAAAGUGAUGAAGAGACAAAAGAUUGAGUUAAACCGUGCAAAGAAAAGACCACUAAGUGAUAGAGAAAAUCAUUCCAAAUUAAAGCGUGAACUAUUGGAUGAUACUUUAGAGUCUGUGGCUGACCCAGGGUUGUCUGUGUCAUCAGUGUCUAGUUGUCCUGACCAAGACAGAUUGUCUGCACCAGAGGUAAGCAAGGCCUGGAUUGCAGAUGAUGCGCGACAGCCUGACCAAAACUUUGAAGAUUUAUACAGACUUCACACGAUAAGUCCUCGAGCUUCGACAUCCACUGACCGCCAUCAGAUGUCAGAACCAUUCCCAUCACCAACUUCAGCUGCAAGCAUACCUAGUCCAUCUUCUCCCCCAGAUAGUGCUACUGUAGCUGCUUCAAAAACAUUAGAAAUGCUUUCAGAAAAUACAAACAAGCAUAUUUGUGCAGUGAGUGUUAUAACAUCACCAGUUCUGCCAUCACAGGUCCUCUCCCAUCCUUGUAUGAGUGAUCAAGAUGGUUCUGUAAUGCAGAGGUCCAUACUUCAUCACACAUCCAGAGAAGCACAUAUUCCUGAAAGUAAUGACACACCUCUACUUUCGUCCCUCAUCAGUAGCGCGAAGACUGAUGAGAUGUCUCCUGAAACUUACAUUAUGUCAUCAUCACAGCCAGCUCCUGUUGUUUCUGUUAUAAAGAAAGAAGUUUCUGCAUCCCAGAAUGUCAGCAGUUGGAACAGUAGAAGACGGAAUGACAUGAUCACAUCCACUGACAGCCAGUGGAAUGGCAUGGCACACAACAACUUGAGGGAAAAUGCUGCCAAAGAAAUACUUCAGGAUGUACAAAGAAUUCCAAUAGCUCCAAAUUCAAUAGAGUCAAUACUGAGCGAGGCCAUAAAACUCGAGUUUGAGGCUUACAGUUCUCUGGCAAAGUCACAUCAGAACUCACGUGAGCUAAAUGAUGCUGAGAGAGCCAAGUUGAAUGAGCUGAUUGUUGCUAACAAGGCUCUUCAUGAACCUCUGGACGAUGACCUUUCAACCUUGGUUGGUGAUGACACCCGUUUCAAGACAAAUGCAGAACACAGUCCAAUGUUGCUGGAUGUGAUCAAUUUGACUGCUAUUGCAAUUCGACGCCUCAUCAAAACUUCCAAGAAAAUCAAUGCAUUCAAGAACAUGUGUCAGGAGGAUCAGGUUGCUCUGCUGAAGGGUGGGUGUACUGAAAUCCUUAUUCUACGCAGUGCAAUGACGUAUGAUCCUGACACAGAUCUGUGGAAGAUCCCUCACACACAAGAAUAUCUAAACGUGAAGGUGGAUGUACUGAAGGAAGCAAGCGGCAACAUUUAUGAGGAACAUCAGCGCUUUUUACGCACGUUUGAUCCCCGAUGGCGCACAGAUGAGAAUAUCAUGUUGAUACUUAGUGCCAUAACUUUGUUCACACCAGACAGACCACGGGUAGUCCAUCACGAUGUCAUCAAACUGGAGCAGAAUUCUUAUUACUACUUACUUCGCCGCUACCUGGAGAGCAUAUAUCCUGGCUGUGAAGCACGCUCAGUCUUUCUUAAGCUUAUUCAGAAGAUUUCAGAACUUCACCGUCUGAAUGAUGACCACGUCCGGGUGUACUUGGACGUGAAUCCAAAAGACGUUGAACCUCUUCUUAUCGAAAUAUUUGACUUGAAGCCACACUGAUAAUUAAUGAGUGAAAUUCUUAAGUACCUGAUAGAAUACAAUACAAAGUAAGUGGAAUCUUACCAGCUUAGGUUGAUAAUUCUGCAUAUACCUUUGGUAUGGUAUAGUAGCAAGAGAAGUGAUAAUGCAAGUUGGUGCUGCUUGGAGAAUAUGGCAGGCAGCAAUAAAAUGAAUAUAUUUCCUAUUUAUGUACACUUCUGUAUAUGUGGUUUCCUUUACAAGGGCUAAUGCAAAUGUAAGUGUUAUCAUAAUAGAUGUACAAAUUUAUAUUGGUCACAUAUUUGUAAUUUACAGGCAUGCAGAUACGCUUUUCAAGAUGUAGUAAAAAUAUUUCAUAUACUUUUCUAAUUGUACAAUGAAAGGUAUGCUGAUGGUAUCAUCAUACCUCUCUAUAUUUGUCCCACUGCCAGUAACUUUUGAACUGGCUGACAGAUUUUAUGCAAUUAUGUAUGAUGACAAUGUGGAGGCCAUGCCAUUAUACUUUUUAAUUUCAUAUCAUAAAUAUCGGUAUGAUGUGUGAAUAUGUCAGUUGGGAGCAAAUGUAGAAUUGCAUAAUGUGGAGUCCUCAAAAUGUAUCUGAUAAUACAUCUCUAAAAAUAGAAAUAAAAUUUGUGACAUUUAUUUUUGUGUCAUAGCAGCAGUGGGGAAUGUACGUUUAGUUUUUAGUGUAAUGAACUUCCAAACGAAUGAUUAGAACUAGGCACAUAGAACUUUUAUGGAGAUAAUAAACAUAGUACAAAUUCAAUAGUCUUCUCGGGCGAUCAGCCGCGUCUGAUGGAUAAAAGACGAAACCGAUGUUUCACGGACCAUCUCUGUCCACAUCAUCAGGGUUCCGAAACAUCGGUUUUGUCUUUUAACCAUCUGAAGCAGCUGAUCGCCCAAGAAGAUUUUAUUGAGUUAUGUCACCACGCAAGCUUUGUGAAAUACUAUUUAGUUGUCAGUAAUAAACAAAAAGAUUAUAAACAUGCAAAUUUUAUAAGAAAUAUAUUUAUGUUAACAGUUUUCUCACAAAAAAAAUCUUGGAUCCAAGUAAGAUGUAACAAUGUUGUAACAUUAUAUGUCAUUUCAUUGUCACUAUGUACUGUUUUAAACAUUUUGAAUGGUAAGUUGCCUAGUAGUCAGAUAAUAGAAGAAAACAUUAAAUAUGCAUAACAGUUCACACUCUUGUAACAUCAUAGGCAUACAACUGCCCUGGUUCUUCAGAAGCUGCUGCUGCUUUUUUGUUUGUUUAUUUAUUUAUUUAUUAUAAACCCCAAAUUCUGUACAGAUAGUAGCACUAUGCAGAUUCUAGGCAAAAUAAUUUGAAAGUGGUAUUAAGUGUAGUUAUUGUCUUUGAGAGGGAUAGGGUUGAGUAUUUCUGAUGAUAUUCCUAAGUUCAAGAACAUUUUUGAUCAAUUCAGAAGUUAUUAAUGUGAUACAUGUGGUCUCACAUAUUCAGAUUUUAUGGUGAGAAAGUAAGCAAAACAUUGGUCUUGUUGAUUUGGUACUAUGUAGUACCUGUGUUGGAAAUAACAUUAACACUUGAAGAAUUCACUUGUUCAGUCUUACCACCUUCAUGCAUAAAUGUAUUAUCUUAAAUUCUGGUCAAGUUCUCUUCUUAUGAAACUCGAAAGUUCUGUGUUCAUAAGAGCCUACUGUUGGGUUCUGUCCACACCUUCACGUCAUGUUUCCUUCAAGAUUAAUUUCAAUAUUAUUCUCUCAAGUAAGCUUAAGUCUUACAAGUCGUUUAUUCACUUAGGCUUUACAACUAAAUUUCUGUAUACAUUUCUCAUCUGUCCCAUGCAAGUUACAUGGAUGGAAUGUAACUGUUUAGAAUUCAGUUAAAUGGUCAAUAUGAACGUUUUCUGUCUGUUUUGUACGUCCUCUACAAAUAAUUGUUUCAUUCUUGCAGUGGAACAAGUUUAGUAAAAAUAUAUACAAAAUAUGUAUAAAGUGGUAACAAUUUUGAAUUUAAGACACAUAAAUUUGAAAUUGCAUCAGUGUCUCUGUUCUGAGUUUGCAUUGUUUGAUUUAGAGGCAUAAAAAUGUAACUCUUCCUAGCUCUAGACUUCAGGUGACAUGUUAUUAUGAAGUAGUUGAUGUGGCAGAACAAUAAAAUUAAUUAUCACAUACCACACUUAAUAUAAUCAAAUGUAGUGUAGUAAAGGGCAUUUUAAGUAACUGGUAGCAUUAAGAUACAGUGAAUUUAGCUAAUCAGAAGGGGCAUAAAAGUCACGAGUUGAAUAAUUUGGUUCAUCAGUAAAUUUUAUACAGGAACUUAAGUAUACAAAUUAAUCAGCUGACUUUUCAAAGUGUAUUUAACAUCCUGUAAAGAGCUUUAAUCUUCAGAUCAAAUAUGUGAUUCGAUUGCCUUCUCCUAUGCUGUAACCUGCUAUAGGGGUGAGGCAACAGUAAAUUUAGAAUAUAGAUUAUCCUUUGUGUGUAAGUGAUAUUUAAUUUUUAUUUUAUGCUUUGUUAUGCAUAAUCUAACAGUAUAUAUAAGAAUGUAGAAAUACAUAUAUUAUUUUGUGCCAUUUAGUUUUAUGAAUAAGUUGUUACAUGGUUCAUAGAAUUUUAAUUUGUAAUUUCUCAUAGUAAUGAGAUAUAUAGAUAAAUGUGUCAAAAAGCAUGAUACUGGAAUAUACAAUUGAAAAACACAUUAUUGGACAUUUGUGCAUCUUUUGAUUACAAACUUUACAAAACUAAUAAGCUAAGGUUUGAGUUUGUUGUAGCUUAUGCAUGAGCUUUAUUAUAAAUUUUGGUAACAUGGUGAAAAUGUUAAAAUUCAGUGUUUCAUUUACAAUGAGCCAUUAGCUGUGACCAUGUUUUCUACGAACAGAUUUCAUUUAAAUUUAUGUGAAUAUCAGGUACACUGUUGAACUCUCUAGAUAUUUUGUUAUUGGUAUGGCAGGACAGAAUUCUGAUAGAAUUAUGAUAUAUUUAUUUCACGUAUAAAUAUCUUAACGAACAUAAAAUUAGUAAAUAUAUGUUCCCCUUGUCUGUUAUUCAUAUUUUGAAGUGGAUGUCAAAAUGUUAGCAAUAGUGACACAGAACACUUUCAUGUUGUUUUUUUCUUUCUUCAUUUCUGUGUGUAUAUAUUUAUUAUUUAAAAUGAAUAUGCUAGGAAUAGUUGUAUACUUUCCACAAUACUGUCUGUCCAAUAGCAACAGUGUGUUACCUUCCACAUUUGUUGGCACAGUUGGCGUUUUCUGCCAGUGAGUAGUGACAUGUAGAUAAUUAAUUGGAUGUUUUGAUAACAUUAAUAAAUGUUUCAAGUUUUUAAA